UUACUACAUAGUAACCAUGCAAUCGCUCUAUACUGCUUGCAUGCACCAUUGUGGCGCUCUUCCUGAUGCCAAUUGUGGUUGAUCUCCAUGCCUUAUACGUGAAACUUGUGUUCACUGUACCUCCUGACCCUUUCGGCUAUGGUAUUGGGUGGAUCAAGAACCCUAGCAAGAACACAAUGAUCGGAGAUAUAUUGUUCUUUGUCGGGGAAGCUUGCUCUAGCAUACCGGAAUUGUUGGUGGCGGUGGCGACCUGGCGCCGAACAUAUCACUCGGCCAAACUUGCUAAGAGCCAGCAAAUCAGCACUUCGCUGACAACGCUUUUGCUUCGAGAUGGCACACUCUACUUCAUCACAAUCCUUGCCCUCGUGAUAGUCGACAUAAUAUUGAGUGCGACCGCUUAUCCAAUUGGCGCCAGUCUGGUGCCUAUCAUGAUGUCACUGCAAACAGUCCUACUCUCACGCUUCUACUUGAACUUGAAUAGGGCGAACUUUUCUCCAUCCGACGGACCACCAAGUGGCGACGCAUCGGAAGCAUCCGACCUCCGUUUUACGCGCGUUGUAGGAAGCCUCGCGGGCACGGACGUAGAUUUUGAUCCUGAUCCUGAACCGGAAGAAGAGGAGAUGGAGGAACGGGACCUAGAGUACUCGGGUGCACAAUCGGACAGUAUCGUGGCGCCUGCCAACAGUGAAAGCCGGCGCGAACUCGAUUCGGCUGUCAUUUGACCUUGGAUGUAUCCCAAGGGCCCUCUCCACUCCGUGGGGUUUCGAAAAUUUGUGACACUGCACUGAAGGCCGCGGAUUGGCAUGGGCGGUCA